CUCUCGAAAUCGACGAGUAUUGCGUAUUUGGUACGAUAUAAAAAUCAACAGUUUUUAGCCGUUUUUCACAAAGUGUUGGCAACAUUUCGUUCAUCGUAUUUGAAAACGGUUGAAAAAAAUUAACGAAAUAUGACUACCUCUUCGAUGUUACUACGUACAACUUUGGCGAUCAUAAUUGGUGCUAACCUCAUCAUUUGCAUAAAAACAGACGCAAACUCCAAGAAGACCGAAACAAAUGUCGAACCUUUACCAUCAAAAGACUUCUCAUCAAGUUUACGCGAUCUUCUAUCACCCGAUGUAUUUACCCAAGCUGAUCCCUUUCAUUACCUCCUGGGAAAAGCGAUGAAAUAUUCGUUCAAAAAAACAUUAGAGGGACAUUACUUGAUCUCGGAGAUAGAUAGCGCUUUAUCAUCAAAUGGGGAGAAUCGAUUCCCUCCGGCUUACUUACCCUACGCCAAACUUCUAUCAUCGCUUUUGCCUUUCAUAGUUUACCUCGGAAGUGUGCACAAAUCAAUUGUUGACAUCCAGAAACAACGUAAAACCAGUCGAGGUAUUUUUCGGAUACCAAACGUCAAUUUGCUCGAUCCUGAAAUAUCGCAGUUCUUCGCAGCGGAUGUUUUCUUAGACACGAAUGCUCCUAUGGUGCUUGUUGAUAAAUUGCUAAACCUGCCAGAAAAUAGCUUCUCGGCAGUAGCGAAAAAGUUGACCGAUUCUGCAUUUAACAAUCGAGAAAUCGGAAAUGAUUAUUACUACAGUUAUACUAUUAAGCUCAGAUAUUUGCUUAGUGGUUAUGCAUGUAGGAGAGCUCUGAUAAAUUUACAAAGUUAUGUUGGAUCUCGAAAUGCAAAUGGUGACAUUGUUACUCCUGCAGUUGGUCUGAGUAAACUGAAGUAGGAUUGCUGUGAUGUGAACAGUAUUUUAAUAUUUGUAUGUAGGUGAAUUAAUUUGCAUCCGGGUUCUGAUAAGAGAAUUAUAUGUUGAACAAAA